ACGUUUUGGUUUGGUCGCAAAAUGGCUUCUUUGCUUCCAAAGUCGUCGGUGCUGUGCCAUUACUUUAUGCAGGGCAACUGCUCAUUCAACACCAAGUGCCAGUUCUCGCAUGACAAGAGCGCUGCCCGUCCAUCCACGAUUUGCAAGUUCUAUGUGCAAGGCAACUGCACGUAUGGCACUCGCUGCCACUUUAAUCACGUCAAGCCAGGAAAGCGUGCCAACAAUCUGAGCACACAUGUGUCGGAGCACCCGUCGUCGUCCGGCAGCAGCUCGUCAUCACAGGCGCACUCAGCUCAUGCUGCACAUGCUGCAAACUCGGCUUCGAGCUCUGUGCACCCGGCCGCGAGCCAGCCAGUCGCCGAGGUCAGCGCCCAGCCUGCUGCGGCGAGGUCGUCGUCGUCGUCUCCACAACGUCCGCUCGACUCUGCUGAUGCUGAUGCUGCUGCUGCCGAUGCUGCUGAUGCUGAUGCUGCUGCAGGUCCAGCACACACACAAAUCCCUCGGCCGCAUAUCUACAUGCGCAAUGGGAACGCGUCUACUGCAGAGAGCGGGGACGAUGGCACACAAUUGGCUGCCGGCAUGAAUGGCCUGCACAUUGUCGACCGUCAGUCCUAUGCAAGCAGCGCGCCUGCAGUUGCGGGAUUCAGUCACCAAAGCACCAUGACUGCCUUUCCUGUCAGAAAUCGCGGAGACAGCGCCCAUCACGAUGACGGUGGAGACGCAGAUGACAAUGAAGAUGGCAACGAUGUCGACAUCAGCAGUCACUACCACUCCGAAUCUUCGCCUAGUUCCGGGCAGUAUCUCCAAGGUGGUCUUGUGAACCCAUUCUAUCCCCCGAUGCCGGGUUUCAUGCCCCCUCCCGUGCAGCAGCAGCAGCAGCAGCAGCGGUUCUUCGACAUGUACGGCCAGUUUGUGUUUGAUCACAACGGCCAGUGCGUGUAUGUCGGCUCUGACGGUGUGCCCCUGAUUCCGCAACCUGCCAUCCCUGGCGCUGCGAACUUUGGCCAUGUUGUGCAGAACGGUGCGCACAUGGUCAUGAUGCAUCCGAAUCCUUACAUGAUGCAGGCCGCGAUGCCCGUUUCGUACUCUCAAGCCGCCGCGGUCAGUGACGAGCAGGCCCAGGCUGACAUGCUCAAGAAGGACGGCGGUGGGUUUCAGCCUCACUCCGAGCAUGUGGACUUGGCAAUGCCCACCCGCACACCGCCCAAAGGCCCCAGCGACGCGCAGACCGAACGCAGCGAGCUGGUGCUGCUGGGUCCCGAGUACCAGGAGAAGUUGGAAGCGAGCCGCGAUGUCGAGUGCAGCAUUUGCCUGGAGGUGGUCUUGUCCAAACCCGAUCCCGCCGAGCGCAAGUUUGGCAUCCUUCCGGGAUGCACGCACCCAUUCUGUUUGACCUGCAUCCGGAACUGGCGAGGCAGCACUAUGAGCGGCUCUGUCAUCCGUGCUUGCCCGAUAUGCCGCGUUCCAUCGCACUUUGUCACCCCGAGCAGUGUCUUUUUAUCGUCGGAUGAGGACAAGCGCCGACUCAUCCAUGGAUACCGGGACCGACUGCGCGCGAUUCCCUGCAAGUACUUUAAUUUCGGGGAAGGCACUUGCCCCUUCUCUACGAGCUGCUUUUAUUCGCACGCACUUCGCGACGGCACGGUCGAGGAAGUGCGGCUCCGGCACAUUGGUACCGCUGAAGGCGAGACCAAAAUUGUGUCGGCCAUUCGUCUAAGUGACUUUAUUGCUGCUCGCGAGGCGCGUUCCGAUGGCAAUCAUCUUUAAGUAGGGGGGGGUAUUGGUUUCUUCCUUACGCCUAUAGUAUGCCAGCUAGUUGUGCCCUGUUAAUUUUAUUUUUACCGUUGGAUAUCUGUUGAUUCGAUUGCUAAUGUUUGAGCACGUUGCUUCGUGCCCCGUUUUCCUGGUGUGCUGUUCUUGUUUGAUGGGUUUUUUUUCUGUAGAUUAAGCGAUUCAUUGAUGCAUGCUCCCUACUUUAACAUGGAUGCUAUUCUCUUGUCGGUUGUGCGCAAAAAAACUGCC